CCUGUCUACAGCUUCAACCAGACUGCUGAGUUCAGGCUGCUAUAGCUGAAGUUCUGUUACCUCCUUGUUGUGUGAGUGUUCACCAUGGUGUUUGGACUGCUUCUCAGUGUUUCCUGGAUUUGUUUGCUCUUUGGCAGCGCUGCUUGUUACCCUGCAGCAAAGCGUGGUCCAACGAGUUUUAAUGCAGCUGCUGGCAGGGAGCUUGGUGCUGGACCUGCUUCUUAUGCUAACGCUCCUGCAGCCUUCGGGUUUGGUGCUGGACCUGCUUCUUAUGCUAACGCUCCUGCAGCCUUCGGGCUUGGUGCUGGACCUGCUUCUUAUGCUAACGCUCCUGCAGCCUUCGGGUUUGGUGCUGGACCUGCUUCUUAUGCUAACGCUCCUGCAGCCUUCGGGUUUGGUGAUGGACCUGUUCCCUAUGGAAGUCCAUCCAGUGCAGGGGGAGCUCACGCCUUAUUCUAUGCCCUAAGCAGCAGGAUGCCAUCUCGUCCUUUCCCAGACUUCAGUGCCUGGGAGUCUAACGUUGAGGCGCCGCAGAGCAUGAGUGAGACGUCCCCUCUGCCACCUUCAUCCUACAUCAUCCAGUCCAGCAAUGGCUACCAACGAGCAAGAGAGCUACUCGCCCACACUGACUACUCCCCAUAUUACCCUCCACCACCCCCCUUGCCCUCCAAGCCCCUCGAUGUUCCAAGCAAGUCAGCACCAAUGACUGGGUCCAAAGGAGGAAAGAAGGCCUAUCGAGGGUAACCUUGGUGACAGAUCCUCAGUAGAUGCUUGUAAAAUGAUUUCCACAUGUGGAUAAGUGUUUGAAAAGUUUAAUAAAAAUAUCUGACAUUUAUCAAA